GGAUGACUCCUUCGGAAACACCGAGGAAAAGCAUUUUGGUUUCCCCAAUGUUUAUAAAUACAAUAUGGUGCAAACUGUCAAGCAAGCUGUUCAAAAUCACGUAACGCCUGCGCCGCGUUCCCUGCUAAGCUCAGAUGCCUUCGCCACGUACUCGCUGAUCCUCCGACGUUUACAGCUCCCGGCCUACGGCUCCAGUUUUUGGAUGCUCCUGCUUCACUGCCCGCUGCUCUUGCUGCUGCUGCCACUCAGCUCCAGGACGCAGAAGUUGCCUACCAGAGAUGAGGAGCUCUUCCAGAUGCAGAUUCGGGACAAAGCGUUUUUUCAUGAUUCGUCAGUCGUCCCAGAUGGAGCCGAAAUUAGCAGCUACCUGUUCAGAGACACACCUAAAAGGUACUUCUUUGUGGUUGAAGAGGACAACACGCCUCUAGCAGUGACAGUGACACCAUGUGAUGCCCCCCUGGAGUGGAAACUGAGUGUGCAAGAGCUCCCAGAGGAAGCCAGUGGAGAAGGUUCAGGUGAACCAGAACCUCUUGAGCAACAGAAACAGCAGAUUACUAAUGAAGAAGGCACAGAGCUGUUCUCUUACAAAGGCAACGAUGUCGAAUAUUUUGUGUCCUCUAGUUCCCCUUCUGGUUUGUACCAACUAGACCUGCUGUCAACAGAGAAGGAUACACAUUUUAAAGUGUAUGCAACUACUACUCCAGAAUCUGACCAACCUUACCCUGAAUUACCUUAUGAUCCCAGAAUUGAUGUCACUUCUCUGGGACGUACAACAGUGACACUGGCAUGGAAACCGAGUCCCACGGCCUCAUUACUGAAACAGCCAAUUCAAUAUUGCAUAGUCAUCAAUAAAGAACACAAUUUCAAAAGCCUCUGUGCUGUUGAAGCCAAACUCAGUUCUGAUGAUGCCUUCAUGAUGGCUCCAAAACCAGGUCUGGAUUUCAGUCCAUUCGACUUUGCCCAUUUUGGCUUCCCCACAGACAACAACGCUGGCAAAGAACGUGGUUUCCUAAAAUCAUCAUCAAAGUUUGGGCGCCAAACAUCCUCAAAGCCGAGAGUUGACCUGCACAAAGUUUGUAUCGGGAACAAGAACAUCUUCACAGUGUCUGACCUGAAACCCGACACACAGUACUAUUUUGACAUGUUUGCAGUAAACACUAACACUAACAUGAGCACCGCAUAUGUUGGCACCUUUGCUAGAACAAAGGAGGAGGCUAAGCAGAAAACAGUUGAACUGAAGGAUGGCAAAGUUACAGAUGUAUUCAUCAAGAGGAAGGGAGCCAAAUUUCUACGGUUUGCUCCUGUUUCGUCUCACCAGAAGGUCACCUUUUCUGUUCAUUCCUGUCUGGAUGCUGUUCAGAUCCAAGUUAGAAGAGAUGGCAAACUUCUCUUGUCUCAAAAUGUGGAGGGAGUACGGCAGUUCCAGCUGCGAGGAAAAGCAAAAGCUAAAUACCUAAUUAGGCUGAAAGGAAGCAAAAAAGGUGCUUCUGUGCUGAAGGUCCUGGCAACAACAAGGCCUAACAAGCAGUCAUUUCCUUCUCUACCUGAAGAUACAAGAAUCAAAGCCUUUGACAAACUCCGCACGUGUUCUUCAGUCACGGUGGCGUGGCUUGGCACACAGGAGAGAAACAAAUUCUGCAUCUACAAAAAGGAAGUGGAUGACAAUUACAACGAGGAGCAGAAGAAAAGAGAACAGAACCAAUGCUUGGGUCCAGAUACGAGGAAGAAAUCAGAAAAGGUUCUCUGUAAAUACUUUCACAGCCAGAAUAUACAGAAAGCAGUCACCACAGAGACAAUUCGGGGCCUGCAGCCUGGCAAGUCCUACCUGCUGGACGUUUAUGUCAUAGGGCAUGGAGGGCACUCUGUCAAGUACCAGAGCAAACUAGUGAAAACGAGAAAGUUCUGUUAGUGCCCCUGCAUACAGGGAACUCCGGUCUGAACAUUAUCCUACUUCCCAGCAUACAGAUUGACUACUUGCACAGCUGAGAAGCUGUGACCUGUAUUUGUACUGUGUAGAAAAGAUAUCAGCUUGUAUAUUUAUGUUUACAUAAGUAAUUGUUUGGAGGAACUGGGGCCGGUGCUCCCUGUAGCAUCUGGCAACUGUAUUAUCAUGUGUCCGGUGACCCACAUGUGAUGCUCAGUAGAUGUCCGAGGUAGCAGGAAACCUUGAAGGAACUGGCACUCCUUUGCUUCCACAUUGCAUGAACUGCUCCUAAAUUAUUUUAUACUUAAAAGGCUGAGAUAAGUCAUUCAUCCACCUUGUUAUGCGCACACAAGACAUGCAGGCAUACACCCUUUCUCUCAGUGUAGAUGGUAGGGUUUCUGUAAAUUAUUUUAUAGAGUCUUGUUUUAAAUGUUUAUGUUUCUAUGAUUGUAAACUAUUAAAAUCUCUCCCUGUUAAAAUACAGAUCUAAACUAAGUAUUAACUGGGCUGCACAUGAAUCAGUUUCAUUGCUAAUGUAAAUUCUUACCUAGCUGAUUUUCAUGUUUAAAUACUGUAUGUAUUUCAUGUACAAAGUUGCCAUAACGUUAUAUUCCUGUACAGAAAAUUAAAAACAAAUAUUAGAUUAUA